AUGACGAACGGGGGCGGAGACCGCUGGGCGGAGUGCAUUGAGUUGGCGGUGCAGGUCGCUGUGUGUGCAGGGAAGAUUGGAGCAGGCAGAAAGGAGCAGAGAGUCACUUCCAAAGCUACGCCUACUGACCUGGUGACGGAGGCUGACCAGUUGUUGGAGGAGUUUAUUAUCUCCACCCUGAGAGACAGGUUCCCCUCACACAGGGCCCUGAUCCUAACAGAGAUUGGAGCAAAGAGAGAUGUAGCGUCGCUGGACAUCUCAGGAAACAUGAGCAGACUGCUGUCAGUUUCUGCUCAUGGGGUGAGGAUCAUUGGCAGCUCCAUUCUGGCGCUGUGCCAGGUGGCAUGUGGCAGGGCAGAGGGGUACUACCAUUAUGGUCUGCACUGCUGGGACAUGGCCGCCGCUGACAUUAUCAUCAGGGAGACUGGAACAACCUCCCCUUUGUCUCCCUCUAUUGGUGGUCCUGUGGACUUCAUGUCCAGGAGGGUGGUGGCAGCAGGAUCUCUAGAGAUGGCCAAUAACAUCAUCCAGCAGCUGCAGCCUAUCGGCUACGAGCGAGAUGACCACGACCCUUCGAUUUAUACCCUUCAUAUUUCCUGGCAUAGUUGCCCGUUCAAGAAUGUCCCACAUGCAAAGACAUAG